CUGUCGUCAUCACGUAGCUGCGGAGGUAACUCCUCGCCCGGUGCCACGCCUUCUCAGAGUGGCCCGAGUUCCACGGCAGUUGCUAAGCGGCCUUGGAUACCUGGCGGCAGGAUGCUGGGAGACGUCAGGUGAAGAUGGUGGUCACCGGGCCUCAGGCAACCAUGGAGAAGGAUGUUCGGAGCACCAUUCUUUUCAAUGCUUACAAAAAGGAGGUAUUUACCAUCAACAAUGGCUAUAAAUCCAUGCAGAAGAGACUUCGGAGUAAUUGGAAGAUUCAGAGUUUAAAAGAUGAAAUCACAUCUGAGAAGCUAAUUGGGGUGAAACUGUGGAUUACAGCUGGACCAAGGGAAAAAUUUACUGCAGCUGAGUUUGAAGUCCUAAAGAAGUAUCUUGACAGUGGCGGAGAUAUCCUUGUGAUGCUCGGAGAAGGUGGAGAAUCUAGAUUUGACACCAAUAUUAACUUCCUACUAGAAGAAUAUGGAAUCAUGGUUAAUAAUGAUGCUGUGGUUAGAAAUGUGUAUUACAAGUAUUUUCAUCCUAAGGAAGCUCUGGUUUCCAAUGGAGUAUUGAACAGGGAAAUUAGUCGAGCUGCAGGAAAGGCUGUGCCUGGAAUCAUUGAUGAGGACAGCAGUGGAAACAAUGCCCAGGCUCUCACCUUUGUCUACCCUUUUGGUGCCACAUUGAGUGUCAUGAAACCGGCAGUGGCUGUUCUGUCCACAGGCUCCGUCUGCUUCCCGCUUAACAGACCUAUCCUGGCUUUCUAUCACUCGAAGAACCAAGGGGGGAAGCUGGCAGUGCUUGGCUCCUGUCACAUGUUCAGUGACCAGUAUUUGGAUAAAGAAGAAAACAGCAAAAUCAUGGAUGUUGUUUUCCAGUGGCUUACAACAGGAGACAUCCACCUGAACCAGAUUGAUGCUGAGGACCCAGAGAUCUCUGAUUACACGAUGCUGCCUGACACCGCCACCCUGUCAGAACGGUUACGAGUGUGUCUCCAGGAGGGCGAGGAGAACCCACGCGAUUUUACCACUCUUUUUGAUUUGUCUAUUUACCAGCUGGACACCACCUCCCUCCUCAAGGUCAUCAAGGCUCAUGAGCAGCUAAAUGUGAAACAUGAACCACUCCAGCUCAUCCAGCCUCAGUUUGAGACACCGCUGCCUGCCCUGCAGCCUGCUGUGUUCCCUCCCAGCUUCAGGGAGUUGCCACCUCCUCCUCUGGAACUGUUUGACUUAGAUGAGACAUUUUCUUCUGAAAAGGCACGCCUCGCUCAAAUUACUAACAAGUGUACUGAAGAAGACCUGGAAUUCUAUGUCAGGAAGUGUGGUGACAUUCUUGGAGUAACCAGUAAGCUACCAAAGGAUCAACAGGAUGCUAAACAUAUCCUGGAGCACAUCUUCUUCCAGGUGGUGGAAUUCAAGAAACUGAACCAGGAACAUGAUGUGGACACAAGUGAAAUGGCAUUCCAGAGCAAUUUCUGAGGACGGCUUCUGCAAGCAUUUUCUGCCUCUUUAUAUUUGAAUUGUUCUUCACUUCCUCACCAAAGUGUGUAAACUCCCUUUCCUCCAUGAGCCAUGCUUCUGAACUCCUGAAGCACUCACUUCUGUUGUUUCAAAUGUGAUAGCCCAUCCUCAGGAGCUCAGUGUUGCUGUGCAGGGGCAGGGAGGGACGGCUUCUGCCUCACUAGGCUGGUUGUCUGGAAAUGCCUAACAGCAUAUUGAAUACAUCUGAGAACUUGGGGGACCCUGAAGGCCAGAUAGGAGAUUGCAGAGCCACUGAAGGUGUAUAAGUGAUGUAGCACAGUGGGAAUCAUUUAGCCGGUGGGUUCAAUAAAGAUGGAAACACCUGCCCAUGAUGGUUCAUGCCUGUCAUCCCAGCACUCUUGAGGAGCUGAGGCAGGAAGAUCAUAAAUUCAAGCCCAACCUG